CCCACGACCCCCACCGCACCGCACCCCACCCCACCGUGUGUCUCGGUUUUUACUGUCCCAAUGCGGCAAAUGACGAGUUAGUCAGUGGCGCCAGGAUGAUGGAUUUAUUAAAGCAGGUACGAUACAGCUGUUCAUGAACUUGACAACACUGAAGGAGGGAUGUCAGCUUCACUGUUUUGAACUUAAGCAUGGAAGCUCAAAACUGUAGGCCUUGUGAGUUGGAACCUCAUCAUGUGGAUCAGGCUCCAGCUACUGUGUAUUACUUCCCCAACUUCAUCACUGCUUCAGAAGAAAAUUACCUUCUACAGCAGGUUUACAAUUCUCCCAAACCGAAAUGGACUCAGUUGUCAGGAAGGAGACUGCAGAACUGGGGUGGUUUACCUCACUCAAAGGGAAUGCUUGCUGAGAAACUGCCUGACUGGCUGGACAAGUAUGCCAAGAAAAUCUCAUCCCUGGGACCCUUCAGAGGAAAAGUUGCUAAUCAUGUGUUGGUUAAUGAAUACAACCCUGGUGAAGGAAUAAUGCCUCACGAGGAUGGGCCUCUGUACUUUCCAACAGUAACCACUAUCAGCCUUGGCUCUCAAACUCUGUUAGAUUUCUAUCAUCCCAUUGAGAGAGAGGAUGAAGAGGGAGAGGUUUAUUUUCCUCAGACUGAAGAGAACCGCUACUUUCAGUCUCUUCUCCUUGAGCCACGUAGCCUCCUCGUGCUGCAGGAUGACAUGUACGUGAAGUAUCUGCAUGGCAUCAGGCCUGUGAUGGAGGACAUUGUCACAGAGAAGGUCGCUAACUUGAAAUUGUGCAACACAAAUGUUGGGGCUAUUUUAAAAAGAACUACAAGAAUAUCCCUGACUAUUCGUUAUGUGCCAAAGGUUUUAAAAACUACCAUACUGCUAGGGAGGAAGAAAUGACAUUUGUUCUUUUGAAUAUGUUGUGGUACAAGUCUCUGGAUUCCCUAUUCAGCUUCCUCUCACCUUUCCUCCUGAAAAUGUGGAACUAUUUCUUAGCAUGCGGUUCCUUAGAUGUGCCUCCACGAUGGUGCCUCUUUAAAUGGAUAUCCCUCACGUACACCAAGAAAAUGAGUGCUGUCAGAUUGUUCAGUUGUGAAAGGAAUCAAAGUAAGUGUGAUAUCACUCUUACUCAUUGUUCAAACGUGUACACUCUGCAACAGGGGUCAAUGUAUGGUGACUAAGAGAAAGAACUUCUUCCCCACCUUCCCCGAUCUCCAUUGCCCCUAUCCUUGGGCCAGUGAAACUAGUAACAGUGCCCUUACAGCUAAAUUUAGCUUGCUCAACACAGACUGGGAUUAAACCUGGAGCCUCUUGGACUAUGUUGCUUGGUGUGGCACGUAGCAAGUCUGUGUCUCAGUUGUUUCAGGCACUGUUAGAAAUUGCUGAAAGGAAGAAGUCACGUGCAACUGUCCCAGUCUCAUGAAUUUUAAAAGAAUUUGUGUGUAUUUUAACGAAAAAUUGUAACACAUUGCCCCAACUGCUAAUGUGUAUGGUGCCCACUUCCUGAAUUAUAAAUUAAGAUCUAUUCAGUUAUUACAUUAUGUAAUUCAGCCACCAGUUGAAAAGAAUGAAUUCUCCUAUGUUACUGAUUCUUUCUAGAAUAAAUAAUGUUUGUUUGGACUGUGGUUAUAAACAUGGAGUGAAUAAAUUUUAUUUAUUUUA